AUGGCCCCGUAUGAAGCACUUUAUGGCCGAAAAUGUCGAACACCGACUUGUUGGAAGGAAGUUGGAGAAUGUGUUUUAGAAGGCCCAGAAUUAGUACAAGUUACUACCGAGAAGGUCGAAAUUGCACGUCAAAUGAUGAAAGAGGCUCAGGCUCGUCAAAAGAGCUACGCCGACAAGCGACGACGACCUAUCGAGUUCCAAUCUGGUGAUAAAGUCUUCUUGAAAGUUUCACCAAUUCGUGGUAUUAGACGUUUUGGUCUCAAAGGGAAGCUUAGCCCGAGAUAUAUUGGUCCUUUUGAAAUUCUGGAAAUGGUUGGAGCUGUGGCCUACAAGUUAGCUCUACCGCUACAAUUGUCCCACUUACAUAAUGUGUUCCAUGUCUCUUCAUUGCGAGGAUACAACUAUAAUCCCCUAUACGUCAUUGAAUAUCCUUUGGAGCAUAUAGAGCCUGAUCUAUCUUAUCACAAGGAGCCUGAGACAAUUCUUAAUCGUGAUGAGAGAGGUACACGAAAGAGAGUGAUUCCUUUUAUAAAAGUUCUUUGGAAGAAUCACUCGGAACGUGAGGCGACAUGGGAAACUGAAGAACAUAUGCGGCGGGAGUAUCCAGAAUUCUUCAACUAA